AGUUAUCAUAUAAUCUGUGCUUUGCAUCUCAGAUUUGCUUCGUGAUAACCUAUUUGUUUGGUUUUUACAUUUAACUUACACUGUAAUUCUGUUCAGUGUUUGAAAAUAUCAAAAAUUAAGUGCUAACAAUGGCAGAUUCAGUAAAUAUGUCUUUAGAUGAAAUAAUAAAACAGAAUAAGCAAAAUCGAAUUAGUAGAUCUCGAGGACGGGGCGGCGGGAAUGUACGCGGACGUGGCGGUGGUAGAGGCCGCGGUGGCAGGGGCCGUGGGCGCGGAAAUGUUGGUCGUAGUCGAUCUCAGUCGAGGCCGGGUACCCCCGCCAUGGGACGUGGUCGCUCUCGGUCUCGUGGACCUGGCAACAGAUCUCAGUCCCGAUCCCAAUCCCGUAACCGUUCACGGUCGCGACAGCGUCGUUCAAAUUCCCGCGCGCGAUCCGCUUCAAGGUCGCGGUCCCAACUAAGAGGCUUAACUCCCAAAGGCAGAGCUGGAUUAGAAGAACAGACAACAAUGCCACAUCUGGUGCGAGGCGGACGAAUUAAUAGAGGUGGAAUGCGCGGUAGAUUGAUGAGAUCAAACUCUAACCAGAAUCUACAAGGCACUGUCCAUAGCAGACUUGGUGUCACUACAAGAAGGGGAAUGAAUAACAUUCGCCGACCAUUAGCUGUGGCCAAGAGAGGGAUUUCAAAACGAGGACGAGGUUUAGUUACUUCCAAUAGAUACAGUGCAGUGGGAUUAAGAUCUGAUCAAAUAUUAAUGGAGAGAAGGCAGAACAUGAAUCUGCGAAACAAUAUUAUCAAAUCUCAGACUUUUACAAGAUCUCGAAACAAUUCCUUUAGCUCAGCUUCCCAAUUGACUGUGAGUGUGGCAAAUGAUUUUGCAAGAAGACGUCGUAAUAGUGUUGGUAAUGCUGGUUACUUGAACAAACAGAGUCUAGCACAACUAAAUAAUCAUUUUGGAGGAGGAUACAAUACUAGGCGAGGUCCGGGCAGUGUUAAGUCCAUGGGCUCCAAUAGAUCUAACAAAUCUAACCAGUCUAAUGCCAGUAGGAAGUCUAACCGAGCUAGGGGUCGAGGUCGUGGCGGCAAUCGCGGCGUCGGUCGAAACUUUGUAAAUAAACAAGUUCUAAAUGCUAAACUGCAAAAAGAAAUUGCUGUUAUUCAAGGUAAAACAUUUAACAAUAACAGUACAAGUACUGAGGCUCCAACAGGCAUUAACUUUUCCCCAACACCUGCAGCCACAGGACAGUCAUUGCAUCAGAGAUUUGCCACUUCUUAAACUAUUGAGGUUAAACAAUAAUGUUACUUAGUAUUACUCUUAGAUUAGGGCAGGAAUGUAGGGGAGGAUAACAAAUAUAGUCAAAGUACAUACUAAGUAAUGUUCAUUUAUCUUGACAUCUAUUAAUGUAAAUUGUGAUUUUUCUAAUUAAGUACAUUAAAAUCCUAUAUCCUGGGCUAAAUAGUGGUUUUGAAAAUUAUGAGCUUAACUAUAACUCAAGUGUAGUUUAUCUAGUUUUGAAAUUGUAAUAGAAGUUGCUAAGCUAUGCCAAAUUUCUGUCCAUGUCAAAAAAUAAUUGGUUUGCCAUAUAUGUAGUUACUUUAAAUAUUUUAUUACUUGUUUAUCUUCAAUUAUUUUUUUAUGUUUUGUUUCAUAGUUAGCUCUAAUUGGAAGCAUAGUUUAAUAGUUUAGAAUUGUAAUGGGAAAAAGAGCUAAAUUAGCUUAUAAUAUAAAUAUUAACACUUGUAAUAAACAAUUUAAUGCUUCCUGUACAGAUCAACAUUAUUUUAUAGCCACUAUUUAGCUCAGAAUUAGUGCAGCUAACAGUGUUAGCAAGUUGAAGAUAAUGGAAUAUCCAUAAAGAUAUUUGGGCUUUAUCUUUCAUUUUAUUUAGAGUAUAUUACACCAAAUUGUGUUGCCAUUUGAUGACAGGCAUUAAAUCUUUUAGAAGCAUACAACAAGGCAAUCAUUUGCGUAUCUUGAAAUAACUUGUUGCUUAAAUGCUUCCAGCAAUUACAUUAAUUUGAUAGUAAUUGCCAGUUUAGCAAUAGACAUUUAAUUGUUCUAACUUUUGUAAAAUCUUGGAUCUCUAAAUCUAUUGCUUACUUAAACAUGCUUUCUACAACAUCCUAUUUCAAAUAACUUUUUGUAUUUAUAGAUCUUAGUUUUCAAGUGUUUGUCGGUAAUUUUCUAAGUCUGAUUGUGACAAGCAGUAAAAUAGGAUGAUUAUUUGUAUAAAUUUGUUAAUAGGUAGAACUUUAAAUACCUAUAAAUCUAAUUUAAGUGCUCUAGUGAUAUCAAGUUUAAUAAGCUGAUUAGAAAUAAUUAAACUUGAUAGCUACUGAUAAGAGAAGUAUGUCAAUAACACUAGCUCUAAGGUUUUCAAAAUGCCACUGAGACAUUUUGGGAUUACUAUGACAUGUCGACUUUUGUAUUUCUCAUUUAUAUUUUGUUUGACUAAAUUGUUAAUUUUAUAGUUACUAAAACUGAUCCACUGUGUAUGGCAGUAUUUUUGUUACAUAGAAAUAAGGAGCAAUAAAAUAAAUACUUAUGUGAUGAA